AGGAGCCGUCAAAUUGAGGUUAAAUAACCUCAAGUUUGAAAUUUGAAUUUUUUCUAAUUAUGAACCAUUUUCUUCAUUCAAAAUGACUUUAAUAACACCGGAAACUUCAGCAAACGAUAGUAAUAAAGAAAAAUCUGACUCUGAACAAAGUAAAUCGGGUGAAACUAAAUGGGGUUAUGAUUUGUAUCCUGAAAGGAAGCCGUCUACAGAUGGUGAUAUAGCAAAAUUUCUCAAAGGUAGAACGAAUAUCGAUAAAGGCAAGUGCGAACAAAAUGUUUAUAAAUGCAUAUUGAAAAGUCCCUUGGUGAAGUUGAUGAUGGGGGCCUUGAAAAAGUCUGGUUGCGAAAUAGAUAUAAGAAGACAUAUAUCUUGCGAAGAAUGCAGCCCAAAUGUUAGUGGUGGUUAUGAUCCCAUUUUGAAUCAAGUAGUUGUAUGCCAAAACACAGUAACACGUCCUGGUAUGGUUCAGGCAGUACUCACUCAUGAAUUCAUUCACAUGCUGGAUAGUUGCCAAAAUAAGUUAGAUUUUAAUAACCUUGAACAUCUUGCCUGUACUGAAAUUCGGGCUGCCAACUUGGCGCACUGCAGUUGGCUUUCUGCAUGGAUAAAUGGCGACACCUCAAUAUUCAAGUUCAAAGAAACACAUCAAUACUGUGUGAAGAAUAAGGCCUUAAGUUCUAUUAUGGCCGUUAGAGAUGUAACAGAGGAGGAAGCUAUGAAAGCUAUAAAUAAAGUGUUCACCAAAUGUUACAAUGAUUUAGAACCAUUCGGUAGAAGAAUACGUAGGAAUUCAGAGGAUAUAUAUAAAGUAUAUGCAGAAGGUAUUUAUUAUGGAUAUGAAUUUGAAGUACCCCAAUAAUGUAGUUGAUGAUCGAAGUAAAAUCCAUUUAAGAUAA